AAAAAUAAUUUCAUCAUCCUAAAGCCAUAUACCUUACUAGGUUUAUAAAAAUGUUAAAUGCUUUUUCAUGGCUGAUACCUGGAAGCGGAACGUUACUUUGGUUGCAUUUGUGUUUUUGUUUUCCUUUCUAUCGUCUACGUUAGCAUAAAGUCGCCGCAAUGGCUGAGGCAGUACCUGCUGGUCUUAUUGAAGCCGACGUAAACAUAACUGGAAACCAAACACAAAUCGCCAUGGCGUAUCUACAGGACGAGAAAACUGAGGGAGACAUCGCUAACCUUAACUUGGGAGAACUGGACCUGACCACUGAUGAGUUCAUCUUGGACGAAGUGGACACUCAUAUUCAGGCAAACUUGGAAGAUGAUCUUGUGAAAGAAGCUCUUAAAACGGGUGUUGACCUACGUCAGUACUCCAAGCAGGUGGAGGCGGAGCUGCAGAGGAUCGAACAGGCCUCCAUCAAAGAUUACAUUAAGGAAAGUCAAAACAUUGCUCUUCUGCACAACCAGAUCACUGCGUGUGACUCCAUACUGGAGCGAAUGGAGGGUAUGCUGAGUGGCUUUCAGAGCGACCUUUCCUCCAUCAGCAGUGAGAUCCAGACCCUGCAGCAGCAGUCUGUCAGUAUGAACGUCCGAUUGAAGAACAGGCAGGCCGUACGCAGCCACCUCAGCCAGCUGGUGGACGAGCUAGUGGUGCCCGGAGUCAUGAUCUCCACCAUCCUAGAAAGUCCAGUGACGGAGCAGGAAUUUCUUGAGCAGCUCCAUGAGCUCAACACAAAGAUCAACUUUGCCAAAGAGCUGAGCUUCAGAGAAACUCUGGCCUGCUCCGACAUCCAGGACAUUGUUGAUCGCCUCAAACUCAAGGCGGUCUCAAAGAUCAGAGAGUUUAUUCUUCAGAAGAUCUACUCCUUCAGGAAACCAAUGACAAAUUAUCAGAUCCCACAAAAUACUCUCCUGAAGUACAGAUUUUUCUAUCAGUUUCUUUUGGCUAAUGAAAGAACCGUUGCCAAGGAGAUCAGAGAUGAGUAUGUGGACACUAUGAGCAAGAUUUACUACAGUUACUUCAAGUCCUACAGUGGCCGGCUGCUCAAAGUGCAGUAUGAGGAGGUAGCAGACAAAGAUGACCUGAUGGGAGUGGAAGAUACAGCUAAGAAAGGUUUUUUCUCCAAACCAUCUUUAAAGAGCAGGAACACCAUUUUCACAUUGGGCCAGAGGGGGGCGAUAUUGAGUCCAGCAGAGCUGGAGGGUCCCAUCCUGGUUCCACAUACAGCUCAGAGAGGGGACAGCAGGUAUCCGUACGAGACGUUGUUCCGCAGCCAGCACUAUGCCCUGCUGGACAACGGCUGCAGAGAAUACCUCUUCUUGUGUGACUUUUUCAUGGUGACUGGAAACUCGGCCCUCGACCUUUUCAACUGCAUCAUGGGAAAAACUCUCAGCAUGUUCCUGAAGAGCAUGUCCACCUACGUGUCAGACUGCUACGACAGCAUCGCUAUCUUUCUCUGCAUCCAUAUCAUCCUCAGAUUCAGAGCCAUCACAGCCAAGAGGACCAUUCCUGCUCUUGACAAGUACUGGGACGCCGUGUUGGAGCUGCUGUGGCCGAGGUUUGAACUCAUUCUGGAGAUGAAUAUCCAGAGCAUCAGAAACACAGACCCUCAGAAACUGGGAGUGCUGGACACCAGACCACACUACAUCACUCGGCGAUAUGCAGAAUUCUCCUCCGCCAUUGUGAGCAUCAAUCAAACAUUUCCUAAUGAGAGGACCAUUGCUCUGCUGGGCCAGCUGCAGGUUGAGGUUGAAAACUUUGUGCUGAAGAUGGCGGCAGAAUUUCCCUCCAGGAGAGAUCAGCUGAUCUUCCUCAUCAACAACUACGACAUGUUGCUCGGUGUCCUGAUGGAGAGGGCAGCAGAUGACAGUAAAGAGGUGGAAAGUUUUCAACAGUUGCUCCUUGCUAGAACACAGGAGUUUAUCGAGGAGAUUCUGUCUCCUCCCUUUGGGGGGAUGAUUGCCUUCGUGAAGGAGGCUGAAGCACUGAUGGAGAAAGGGCAGCUAGAUCGACUGAAGAAUGAAGAAGCUCGGAUCACUCAGCUGGUUCGAGGGUUUUCCAGCACCUGGAAGCAGUCGGUGGAGUCAAUGAGUCAAGAUGUCAUGAGGUCCUUCACUAACUUUAAAAAUGGAACCAGCAUCAUACAGGGCGCUCUGACUCAACUCAUCCAAUACUACCACGGCUUUCAUAAGGUUCUGAACCAGCCGACAUUCCGCAGCCUGGCCGUCCGCUCUGAGCUCAUCAACCUCCACCAUCUGAUGGUCGAGGUGAAGAAGCACAAACCCAACUUUUAACGAGUGGGAGGGUCGCUAAAACACUGAGCUGCAACCUGGAAAUGAUGACCCCUCUAAGCUCACUUCGUCAUUCCUUUUUCAGACUCAUUGAAGUCUGAAAGUUCUCAGUCUUUCUUUUUUCCACAUGUGAAACAAGUUGCAACACAGAUAACAGAGGAGGACGUUUCAUCUCCACGUUCAUCAUUGAACUUUUGCAUAUAUUCCUCUGAAGAAACUGCAAAACACACAUUUUGUACCUGUGAACUUGGAAAAUUAAAAACUUUCAUUUAACUUUGGUGUAAACGUUGCUGAUAUUAACAUAAACUACCAAUAUUUGACCAUUCAGCCAGUUGCUAAAUCUGUGCAUUUAAAUUAUCUUCCAAAUUUAGAUUACAGAGGAAUUAAAUGUUACUGUAUUUUUCACACUAUUCAUUAAAACAGUUGAACAAAAUAUUCGGGUGCAAUUAUGAAACACUGGAAGGACAUUUACUGUGACAGCAAAUGGACAUUUGUGUGGCUGAAACGAUGGAUGUAUGGUGGAUGUAUAUGGAGGAAGGUGUAUGGUUUUCUCUGGAAAAAGCCCACAAUCUUUCUCCCCUAACAUGGAAGAAACACUUGCAUUUGUUUGUGAUUUAUAACACUGCACUGGGUAGAGAAAAGCCCUGACCCUUAAGCAAUGUGCUUUUUUUUCUUCAUGUCAGCAAAUCCUAUUGUUAUAGGUUUGAACUUAAAAGUCAAGGAGCAUCUCUUAUCUUUGUUUAGAACAAUCAAUCUUUGGAUUUUAUCUCCUAAAUGCAUUAAUAUUUGGAAAAACUCAACUGUUUUUAUCAACACGUCUAUAAGUCCCAGCCUGCUCCCAUUCCAUACUUGUCAUAACAUAUUUAAUAUUUUGAUGAAUUAUUGUCAGAAACUGAUCAACUCUCAUGUGAUUUAACCAUGUAAUAUUUUCUGAAGAUUUGACAUUCUGACCUAUUUUAAUUAACAUGAUUCUGAUCCCUCCUUAAGCCAGUCAUCUAUUAUGAAUUUAUUAGGGACCCUGACCGAACCAAAAUAUCUAAAAUUCAAAAUAAUAUAUUAUCAAACCACAUAUUCCUAUGACUGUGAGCCGAUCACUUUUUAUUGAUUUAUUUUAUUUUUUUGUCAAAGUGGAUAUGAAACAUCUGAAAAGUAGGUGAAAGUGACUUGAUUUAAAAAGAUAAUAAGUACCAUAAUAAGAAACAGCAAAAAUAUACAAAAACACAAAUGGAGAAAGAAUCCCAGUAACCAUUUACUAAACCUGAUUUGUUCACAAAGAGAAAGGCAAUAACUCAUGUAUACAUGUAUUGUAUUCAGUGUGAAUACAAUACAUGUAUUCAUGAUAAAGGGAAACUGCAUUUCUCCUAAAACUAAAUGUUUGUCUUUGUAUGUCUUUGUUUCUUUGUCCUUUGUGUUAAAUCUAUUCCUGUGAACGUGUGUAUUAAGCCAUUCCCAUGUAACCAAACAUUCUGAAUGAGUUAAAAAUGAAUAAAAAGCAAAAAACUUU